GCCCUUCUCUCCUUUUGGCGGGGCGGGGGGCGGCCUGAGGGGGAGGGACCGGCCGCACCGACGGGCAGCGAGCUGGGGCUGGCUCCGAUUUAUAGAAAUAAAAAAGCAUCGCGCUUAACGACUAACGCUUCUUUAUUGAUAUGUCGUUACUAACAGCGCUUUGGCAGCAAGCGUUUCUGUAGCAGGCCACGGAAACGUAAAUUAAGCGUUGCCACGCGUAAGAACUAAGAGUUGAGUGACAUGUGCAAUGGCCGGCUCUUUAAGAGGUGAAGUACUGAACCUUUAUAAAAAUCUGCUGUACCUUGGAAGGGAGUAUCCCAAAGGAGCAGACUACUUUAGAAGCCGGUUGAAAGCAGCUUUUCUAAAAAACAAAGAUGUGAAAGAUCCUGAAAAAAUUAAGCAGCUAAUUGCACGAGGAGAGUUUGUUAUAAAAGAGUUGGAGGCUUUAUACUUCCUCAGGAAAUACAGAGCUAUGAAAAAGCGCUACUACAGUGAUGACAAAGAAUAACUGCUGCGACCCUAAUGAUACAAAGCCAUAAACAGCCAAUAAAAGAAGUGAAACUUCACAAGAAAUGAACAGUAAAUCCUUCCACCUCAUUUAGAAUACAAAUUGGGACUUCAUUUACCCUUAAGGAGGUGUUGGAAAGAUUUGGGGUCUGUAUUACUCAGGACACAAUCAGUACUAAGGAAAUGCUUUUAUUUUCCCUAAGUUCACAAAAGGCAUUUGAUAGAGGUGUUGUGCACAGCUGGAAAUGAGUACAGAAUGACUCUUCUGACCAUUUCAGGCUUGCAGACAGAUACAAAUUCCUUCUGCUAUUAGAGUAAGGAAAACCUGGUCUCUGUGCCUGGCUGGGAGCGACGGCCCUUCGAUUCAGGGAAGAGAUGUCUACACGCACCUGCAACCGAGAUGCACCUGAGGCCGGGCCCUGCUCAGAGUGCAGAGCCAGCAUGGCCCACCAGAGGGCUCAGCGUUGUCAUGCGCUGUGCUGUGUCAGUGCUGCUUAUGGCAGGCAAUGACAAGUAGGAGAAAUAAGCUGCAAACAACUGCCAAACACGUGUGUACUUCAUAGAAUCGCUCAGGUUGGAAAAGACAUUCAAGAUCAUCGCGUCCAACCACAGCCUAACCAUACAACCCUAACUCUAACAACUCUCCACUAAAUCAUGUUCCUGAGCACCACAUCUGAAAGGUUUUUAAACACACCCAGGGAUGGUGACUCAAACACCUCCCUGGGGAGCCCAUUCCACUGCUUAACAACCCUUUCUGUAAAGAAGUUUUUCCUGAUAUCCAACCUAAACUUACCCUGGCACUUGAGGCCAUUUCCCCUCAUCCUGUCACCUGUCACCAAUGAGAAGAGACCAACCCCGCUCUCGCUGUAAGCACCUCAGGUAUUGGAAGAGAGCAGUAAGGUCUCCCUCAGUCUCCUCUUCACCAGACUGAACAGCCCCAGUUCCUCCAGUCUCUCCUCGUGGGCCAUAUUCUCACAAACCUUGUUGCCCUUCUUUGGACGUGCUUCAGCACCUCAAUGUCCUUUCUGUACUGAGGUGCCCAAAAGUGAACAGAGUACUCAAGGUGAUGCAUCACUGGAGCCGAGUACAGUGGCACAGAGUACUCCACUGCAGAGAUGAAACACUGAAAUUCUUGGAGAGAAAAGCAAACAGGGACAGAAGUUCACAAUAACUAUUUUUUUAUUACAUUACAAUAAAUAGGAGCAGUACAGUUUGACAAAAAAAAAAAAAAAAAGACAAAUUCCAGAUCACCUCACAGCACAUACUCCUAAAAACAUUAAAAAUUUUAAAACAAACAGAGGUUUUUUGUGUUUUUUUUUUCUUUUUUUUUUUAAAUGUAGUAUCUGGUAUUACCAACAUUCCUAGGUCACGCAACCAAUGAUGGAAAAACUGGAUCACACUGCAUAUGUUCCACAUCAAAUAAAGCACGAUGUACAAAAUGUGCAUGUUUCAGUUUACACUAUACAAAAAUAGUUAAAAUACAUUCCAGGUAAACAUAUUACAUUAAGAAGUCAUUCUAGUAAGAAGUUGGCACUCAAGAGGAAAAAGCAGAAGUAUUUUCAACAUGAAAACACAAGACAGUGGAAUAAAGAAAUGUUAGGAAAGGUUUACCAUCUAUGUAGCUUUAUGUAAACUUCAGACAAAAUGAUUGGUAUACAGUUUGAUGGUCUUUGAAGGUAAUAACUGUAUUGCUUCACAGAAUGAAGUGCAGAAGAUUGUGUGUAUUUACCUAUUGCAGAGAUCCUAUGUGACGUAACUUCUUUUUUUCCUAAGUUAGGGCAAUGAGACUGGUUAAAAUAAUGUUCAGUUAUGUUUACCAGGGUUACAUAAAGCUACUGAAAGAAGGUGUUACUCCCUGACAUAUGGCAAUGUAAUGUAUUAACGCAGCAAGUGAUUCACAUGUUCAGUUAGCAGUUACUGCCAGAAAAGAAAGCAUCCAGGUAUGUCCUUUGAAAACAUUUCAAAUAGGGAAAGACAGAAUAACUGAGAUCAACUUGUGCAAGCUGCAAUCCAACAUGCUUCACCAAAUCUCUACAAAUAUUAAGACAAAACUGCACAACAGUGGCAAGGAUGAGUAUUUUUCUUUUUUUUUUUUUUUUCCUUUAAGUCAAUAAGGGCUAUUAUAGGGCAAUUUUAUAACCAUUCGAUUAGAUUGGUAGCUACAGAUCAGACUUACUGAAAAACUUAUUUUAUAUAUAUCUUGAUAGCAGAGCUGUAUCAAUCCACGCUUGAUUAUUAAGAUAUUUCUGCUAAAUUUAUUUCCCCCAACAAUUUUUAGUUAAAUUAACGUGAGAAUUUCAGAGUUUUACAUACAGUAUGACUCGGUUACCAAAAAUCUUUAAAAUCACCUUAAGAUCGCUGUUGUUAGCUCAGGUAUACUAUCCAGCUUUGCUAUCUUCCUCAUAUCUAAUCAUAUACUAACUACAACGUGCAAAUAACUGCCUCCAAAAUGUUUUUAGCCUUGGAAGCUGUAAAAUGUUGUAGGACAUUAAAAAUUUAUCAGUAUUCCUCGUUGGCCCUUAACAGGUAUAAAGUUAUGUUCUCCUGUUACAAUUUUUCAAUUUUCUUUUUCAUAAGCUAAAAUAUAUCUCACACUGAUGCUGAAAAGAUGGGGGCUGAUGGGGGGCUGGGAGAGCAGUCAGUGCAGGCAGGGAAAGGCACUCAUUUGUUAACUUCUCAGGCGCAUGAAAGAACGUGCAGCAAUGCAGACAGCACACUUCCCCUGCCAGCUUUGCAGCUCUCCACCUAACAGUCACUGCUGAUUUUUGCUGUAGGAAGCAAAAUGUGUGCCUGCAGUCGCACCUUUGACAUCACACAAAUGGUCUAAGUUACACUGGUAGAUUCAAGCGAUACUGUGUAAAUUUUCCACGUAAUGGUUUAGUUAUAGGUUAAGUUUGGGCAAUGCUGCUAUUCCCUUUUCCAAGCUUUCAGAACUUACCAGUGCACUGUCCUGUACCACCCUCCUUCAGUGACUUCUGUUUUACUUUUGGUACACGAACUCACGCUUCCAAUUCUGUUCUGCAGCUGACUGGGUACCAGUGAGCCUUAUGGCACUGAGGCAACUAACACAGCCUAGCGCUGUAACUUUUGCAGGAAGAAAACAGGAACAGGCAGCACUGCAAACACUAGCUCUUACUUGGGUGCAGAAUAGUUAGACUACAGUACCAAAAAGGAAACCUGAAUUCUGCAUUAAUUCUGAUCAGAAAGGAAAAAAAAAAAAAAAAAAGAA